AUGUCACUCAGACCAUUUUACCCCCCAUGGGUAGAAAUGAUCAUGAAUACUGUUCAUUAUGGACCACAACUUAUGGAUGAUCAGCGCACCAUAGCACAUAGUCUGGUCACAGAAUUCACGGAUAUAUUCACACUAUCAACCAGAGAGGUGAAGCAGGUAGAUUUUGUCAAGUUCCAGUUGUCAAUACCACCAGAUGCGGUCUUCUCCAAGAAGAUACACCAGCAUCCCCUAAUGCAACCACAAUGA